AUGCACAUAAACACGCACAUCCACUUACAUAUACCAGACCAUCCAGACUACAUAUUUGGUUGGGACGUGCUGAUUCCAUCCGUCGCUCAUGUUAUCCUUGAAGGAUCAUCAUCAUCACUUGGCAUGACUGUCAAGCUCUUCGCCUACCCGUUUACAUGGUUAUCGCUCUCAUCGUCUCGCUUCAACAAAGAAGUACUACGAAUGACAUCAUUACUUGGAGGAAACAGCAUACUCCACAUAGCAAAUCGAUUAGGUGGACUCAAAAAGGAAAUGCCAAAUGAAGGCUUGGAUCCGGAAGGAACACCAUCGCCGACACCGUCGGUAGUGGUACGACAAGUCACACCGUUAUCUGAAACGAUAGCUUUUUCGGAAAUCGCCGUCACUGAAAGUCCUUUACCGUCCCUAUCUAUGCCACCACUACCGCCGCGCAACGACGAGUCCAAUGUGGUCAUGUCGUUGUUCAAGGACAAGGAAACAUUCACAACUUCGCCGUCGACUUCAGAAUCAGCUACGUCUGGCGGUGGUGGCGACACAACGACACUCGUCUCCACACCCAUGGAUCUCAAUGCGGCCAUUUCACAUAUUCAACAACAAAUAAACGUCGCCCAAUCGCAACAUGUUCAGAAUGAUGCCAAAGAUGGUGUCGGUGGAGUGAUUUGUCUUCAUUGCUCAUGGCAAGGCGACGAUCGUAGUCCGAACAAUCUGCGUACUCAUUUGAAGAAAUUCCACUCGUCGGACGGAGUCUUUGCACGAUUCAGCGAGAAAUUGGCACAGGUCUAG